AGGCGGCGCUCGGGCAGCCGCGGCGGCGGCGGCGGGGUCCUAGAGGCGGCGGCGGCGGCGGCGGGGACGCGGUGACAUUCAGGCCGGGUCCCGCAGCAUGGCGCAGGCGGCGCAGAGGCUGGCGCAGCGCAUCGCCGUCCGCGGGCCGCAGCUCCUCACCGCCGCCGUGGCCUACUCAAAGCCACGUUUGGCCACGUUCUGGUACUACGCGAAGGUGGAGCUGGCCCCGCCGAGCCCCGCCGACAUCCCCCGGGCCAUCGACAGCAUGAAGGCCUUGGUCAGGAGCUUCCAGACCGGCCGCUUGGCGCAGGUCACCGUCAAGGAAGCGCUGAGGAACGGUCUGGUGGCCACGGAGGUGCUGAUGUGGUUUUACAUCGGGGAGAUCAUAGGCAAGGGCGGCCUGAUCGGGUACAACGUCUGAGGGUUCACCCUCAGUAGUGCCGCGGUCCCGAGUCUGUAACGUGCUCUGUGACAAUAAAGCCAGGAACCGGC